AUUUAUUAUUUGACUGUUACCGCAUUCGGUAGUUAACCAGUCAUAAGUCACCCGCAAACGCACCAAUUUUUAACCGUAGUACCAGUCGUACAAAUCUCUUAAAACCGCUAGAAACCGCAACCGCCCGCAUCCACAAACUCCCGCAACCGCAACCGCUGCGUUUGAACCAGUCAGACCCUUAAUUUUGUUUGUUAAUUUUGCAUUCUCGCAAAAUGGCAAAAUACUAGCUAAAACAGUACAAAAUUUUCAAAAAAGUUUCUGUGACUGAAAUAUAUUCGUUUCAAAGAGCAAAAGAAAAAUAUCCUGUCAAAUUUUGUAAAUUAAUUAUCAAUAAAAUAAAUAUGCAUAAGACUUUGAAUUACUAGAUCAUAAUAACAUCCAUAUAUAUAUAUAUAUAUAUAUAUAUUCAUGUUUUUAUCACUAAGAUUUUAUCAAUAUUAUUUCUAUUGAUUACAAUUUUAAUAAAUUUUUGUUUUUAACUAUUGACUUUUCAUAUUAAUAACUAAAAUUAUAAAAUAAAAAUUUUAAUAAGAAAAAUAUAUUAUUAGUUCAUGUAUUUUAGUGAAUUAUAUAACUAAAUUUUGAAUUUUUUAUUAGAGAAUUAAAUGCAUAUAUAAGUUUUGAUUAAAAAUUAAAUAAAAUGAAAAUAUUAUCCACUUCAGAUAAAAUCCGAAUAAAUGUAGUUUUAGUAUAAUAUCUAAUUUUUUAUCUACAAUUUAAAACAUGAAUCGAAAUUGGACAGAUUCGAAUUAAACAUCUCUAGAUCUUAUAGCGAAAAGUAACGCUAACAUAAACUAAGUCUCGAUUGUAAAGAAAAAAAAGUCUUGAAAAGAUUACUAAGAAAGCGAAAGUGAUUCUUAUUUAUUUUUUGAGUAUUUGUACUCCCUACACACAACUUCCCCCUUAUUUGCACUCCAUACCCUAUUUCUCUUCAAUUUUUUUCCCUCCCAUCACUACCACUUUCCCCCAAUUCAAUGAUAUCCCACUUUUUUCAGUAUAUUGAGCUAAUUUGCUCAUUUUUUCUCAUUUUAGAAAUGCAACGAAAAUAAUUAUUAACUAUAAAAUAAUUAUGUAAUGUUAAAUAAAAUAAUUUCACUUAUUAAUGACAUAAUAUUUAUUAGAUUUAUUUAUACGUGUAGAUUUAAUUUUUCUUCUUUAAUUUGUAGUUUCCAGAAAAAUCAUAAGCAUUUUUUUUUUACUUUACUACUUCUCAAAUAUUUUAGGUCAAACUUGUAGGAAUUCACCUACGGGAAGCAAAAAAAAAAUAAAGGUUAUGGUUAAAGUAAAUAUAAUGGUUAAUGAUGGCAUUUUGAAAAGUAGUAAAUCAAACUAGUAUUUGAUAACAUUACGCUUAUGUGGUAUAUGGAACAUGUGUAUACCUAUUACAUGAACAAACUUUCCAAAUUCAAAUUUGCAGCAAUAUUGGAAUCUGAUGUUACCAUCUAUCGUUGAGCUGUUUUAUGCCUGAUUUGAUUGUGGCUUAUCAUUUUUUCAUAUUCUAAUUUUUUUUAUACAGUAUGUUUUUAUUUGCUUUGCACCCCAGUCUGUAAUGCAAAUGCAAAUGCAAGACUGACCAAGUCCCAUUACCAUUUAAAAAUCAUAUUAUUUUUUUCUGAAACGAUUUAUUCUUGCGGCAGAAAAGAGAAAGAAAAACCAAGUGAUGAGCACAAUUUAAUUUAUAUAUUCAUCAACAAGCAAGGAAAAUCCUUUUCUAAUAUUUUAAAAUUGUCCCAUGAAAUCGCAAACCUAUGAUCAAAUCUUGAUAUUCUUUAAUAUUUAACACAUCUGAACGUUUAAAUUUCUUACAUAACAGAUAAUAUAUUCGCUUAUUUAGUUUAUUCAUCGAUGUAAAAGACGAUGUUUUGCUCUAUAUAUUGGAUAUGUCUUUCUGAGUUUUGAGCACUAACAGAAAAUCAAUAUAGAGUGAAUAAAACGUUAUUUUAAUAAUACGUAUAUAAGCAAAACACACAAUAUUUAGUUGAUCAAAAAUGGUUUUUUCCAUCAUUCACUAUAUUUACAAAUUGAUUUAUGUGUCAUUAAAACGUGUGUUUUCCAUAGUAAGUUAAGUUAAAAAGAUUUUUUUGAUUAAUACAUAGCUACUAACCCAUGUCGUAUUUUUGGUUUGUUUAAGAGCAUGCCAGAAACACAUUACUACCAUGGUGCCACCAUGUAUACGCAUUCAUUGAGGUAAAAAAAUUUGUAUCCCAGGUUGUACCCUCAGCAAUAAUCAUUAUAUCAAUCGUUUUGCAACUCUUACAGUCCUACUAUUUAGAGCUACAAUUUUUUUUUCAAGGUCUAUUAAUCAAUUGUCAACUAAAUUAAGAGUAAUUCAGUCAAAAAAAUUAAGAGUAAUUGGAAAUGAGUGAAUGUUAAACCUCUAGCCUAGGUCUUUUAGUUGACUUAUCAAUGCUACCUUUUUUUGACUUAUCAAUGCUACGUUCAGUAACGAUCGAAAGAAAAAUAAUACAGCUUGUCUGGCUACAAUUUUUUAUCCAUAUAAUGUUCAAACUCUAUGUCGUGAAUAAUGUGAACCUCGAACAUGUCUUAGCCUUAAUUAGUUUCGAGGGAAGACGAGUAUUAUAAUAAUGUAGCAACGAGGUGUCACUUUUGAAUAGACCACUAACUACAUGACACUUGUUAGUUCAUAUGCAGACGAUGAAUUUUUUUUAUGUGCAUGACCCUGACUUUAAAAAAAAAUUAACACAAGGGCUGACAUAUAAUUCGAUAACCUGAAACUUGAUUAAUGUUUAAGUUUAUAUAAAAUAAUUUUCUCAUGUACAUCGAAUUCCCAUUAAAAGGUCGUGCGAAAAAGCAUAUUCUCAGGGUUGCAAAAAAUUAUGCAUAUGUAAAUGCGAACCAUUUAAUGGAAUGGUUAAUUUACAAGAAUAUGUACAUAUAUACAUACAUAUAUUGUACAUAUACGCAUAUGAUUAAAAAAAUUAUGAACUGAAUGAUUGAAAUAACUUAAAGACAGAGAAGUGCAUCACAACAGGGGAUUAUGUUGAGAUUAGAAGUCAUUUGAUGAGUAAUUAAGAGAGGAUAACACCAAAAAAGACAGAGCAUAGUGGAGAGAGUUUAGCAAAAAAAAAAAAAAGCAUAGUGGAGAGAGUAUGAGAUUUAUUAAAAAUUAAUUAAUUAUGAAAUAAUAUCUACUGUAGAUUGUGUGCACAUGCAUUUCCCCUACUGCAUUAUAGCACCCUCUGUCUAGUUCUUCUCUAUCUUUACUCGUAUAUGAUUUAAUAUUACACAAAUUAUUGAUCUGUUAAGGAUUUUAUUUUAAAUCAUUUUUAUCGAAUCAAAUCCCUUUGAUCCUGCUACUUACCUCGACAGCCAAUCAGACCUAAAAUUCCCAUUAUAUUAAUUACUCAAAUAGUUAAUUAUAUUGUAGUUUAUUUUAUAACUCUUAGUAUAAGUUAAGCUUAGAAAUAUACAUAGCAUAAUACCCCGUUAGAUAUAUUAAAAUUUAUAUACUUUAUGCUGAUAUAUUUGUGUGUUAUGUAAAAACUAAUUCAAUUCUUUCUCAAACUAAUAUAUUAUAUAUACAAAUUAUGCUAGUGCUUUUUAAAAGAUGGGAAAAUAUGCUAGCGUUUCAUUAUUUAUUACAUCAUAUUUUUUGUACAACACUAAAUUUAAUUGAUAAAAAGAUAAACCGAAUUGAUCUAUAUGUAGCAUUAAACAGUAGAUCUCUUGAAAUAUGUAAUUUUUAAGAAAAGAAACAGUAUUUGUAAAAUUAAGAUUUUAAAACCAAUAAUACAUACAAAAGAAAAGAAAAAAAAACUUUCUUAGCCCGGUCACCUCUCUUCGCCGUCUAGGAUUUUCGCCUUCAUGUCUUUCAUUUUUUUCCUGAGGUCGUGGCCGUCUCUUGUGUGACUGCCAGAUUCGGGUUCUGCUCCUUAGUGUGCUUGUUUGUGAUGACACAAAGACCAUACAAUACCAUAAAGACCAAACUUCCAACUCAAACACAUAAAAGACACAAGUUUUGGACAUAAAAAAUCGUUUGUGAAUCCACAAAGACCGAUCAAUAACACAAUUACAAGAAACAAACAAGUUCACUACACCAAAUCAAAUACAUUUUUUAGAACGCAAUUACAAUUUCUUUUGAAAUAAUAGCACCAUUAACCCAACCACAAUCAUACAUCCAAUGACUAAGCCAACCGUCAUCUUUUCAUAUAUUUUUUCGCUUCAGCCAAGACCUUCUCAACUUGAUCAAAUAUUUCCUUCUCAAUCUUCAUUUGCACAUUCUCAAUGGCUAAACUCGCUCUUGCAAUCUCUUUCACCUCUUUCUCAAUUCUCACAUUUAUGCCUUCAAGUGUUUCUGUCUCCUCUAAUUAUGCCUCAUCAAUCCACUUGAAUAUAUGCUCAUUCUCUAGCUAAACAAAGCAUUACACAUAAACAACAAAACAUUACUCAUUCAUCAUAAUCGAGUUAAAAAUUGACCUUAACAAGUUUCUGAAACUAAUCAUGAAACUCAACAAAAUUACUUUUCUUCGUUGCAGCAUACACACAUCGAAAGUAUCUUCUGUAAGGAUUGGGAAUCGAUUUUAACAUCAAGGAGACGACGGAUUCGCCACACCAACAAUUCUGCGGGACCUAGAAAUCUUCUUCGACGCCCAUUAGAUGAUCCACAAUAAGCUCCCGACACGGUUUUGGAAGACCCAAACAUUACUCCUUAGAUACUCUCACUUUAGGAAAUUUGAGGAGAAGAAAAUCUAAAUUUAUAAAUCGAUUUUAGGGUCCUUGCUUUGAUUUGGGAUAUUGGGUUAAUUUUUAGUUUCAAAUCGGUUUCGUAUUUCUGAGUUUGAUAGUUUGGUCUCGCAAUUGUACCGAAAAUUGUCUUAACCAAUACAAAUUAAGUUUCAUGGGGAUACAUCUAGAAUUUGUUUUUUGGGGAUAUAUAGAAUGAGCCAAUAGUUUGGGAGUGAAAAUGGGAAAAUAACUUGUCGAUCCAAAAAAUGUGAUAUGUGGGCUAUUUUGCAGAUGUAGGUGCUUUAUUUUGCACAUAUAGGGGGGGUACUGGAAGAAAAAAGAAGAAUGGUUGAUAUAUACAGCAUAUAGAGUUUGUAUAUAAUGUGUAAUUGCAAUCUAUUACUGAUAUGUCGUAUCAAUCAUGCUAUACGCUUGGUGUAUAUCAUUUAUUUGUAGGUCUUGCUUUUUAGAUAGAAUAGAGGUACAAUUGCAUUUAAAAUUACAACUAGACAGAAUAAUGUAUAUUCAAUCACUACUAAUUUCAGAGUUAUCGGUGUAUAGAGAAUGCAAUUAAUCAAUUACAAAAAUGAUCAAAACUGUAAUUAACGAAAAAAGAUUCGGCCAUGGCCGAAUAUUUGCUUUCAUAUCUAACCAAAAUUCUGUAAAAGUAUUUAAAUAGAAAUAUUAGUAUAAAGUAGUUAAAUAUUUCAAAAUUUUAAAUACCUUAUAAUAUGCUCAAUUGUGCGAUUAGGCACAUUCAUGGUAAAAAUAAAAAUCUAUGAAUUCUUUUUUCAAGAAAAUUUAUUGGGCCGUUAGCUUUAUUAAGUUGGGCUGUUAGCUUUAUUAAAUUUUGUGGCCCGUUAUCCUUAGUAUGUUUAGUAGUCAGUGUGUUGCCUUUGGGAAAGGCUAUCAAACAAUCUAACUCUUUUUUUCUCUCUCUAUGUUCCUUCUCCCACACGAUUCUUCUCUUCUUCUUCCUCUGUUCUCUUCUUCCAUCUCAGUCACAAACCACUGAGCAUAUCACAAAGCGUAACACUAUGGUUUCCCCAACAAGCUUAAGCAAAUCAGAAGAGAAAGAAACCCUAAAGCCUAGAAACGUGUACCACAUCGGAGGACUCCAAGUGAGAUUCCCUUAUCAGCCGUACGGAACACAGCUAGCUUUCAUGAGCCGUGUCAUAUCUACCCUUGAUAGAGCCCAGAGAGACGGUAGAUGCCACGCGCUUCUCGAGUCCCCCACUGGUACUGGCAAAACUCUUUCGUUGCUCUGCUCGGUUCUCGCUUGGCAACAGAGCUAUGCAUCGCGCUUUCCUAAAGGAAACUCGGCUCAUAAAAGAAGUCAUUUCACACCUGACGUCACACGACCACCCUCAACAGAACCUAGCGAUGUGGUGGAAGUCGAAAAGCCUCCAAGAGUUCCUACCAUAUUCUAUGCUUCACGAACGCAUGCUCAGAUCACUCAAGUCAUUCGUGAGUAUCGCAAAACUGCUUACAGAGUGCCCAUGGCUGUAUUGGGUGCACGUAAACGUUCAUGCACCAACCGUCGUGUACAGGGGAAACCUAAUUUAGACGAGAUAUGUCGGUGUCUCAUAAAAGAUAGGAAUAAACCAAAAUGUCCCGAGUUCAGAGGCAAAGAUGAUAUUGUAGCUCACCCAUCACUUCAGCAAAAUGAAGUUCAUGAUAUUGAAGAUCUUGUCAAAAUUGGAUAUGCUGUUAGAGGUUGUCCAUACUUUGCUGCCUGGGACAUGUAUGAGAGGGCACAAAUUGUUUUUUGCCCUUAUUCCUAUAUAGUUGACCAACUCAUUCGACAAGAAAAACUUGAAGACAAAUUGAAUGGGGCCAUUAUAAUCUUUGACGAAGCACACAAUAUGGAAGACAUUGCUCGUGAAGCAGGCAGCAUUGACUUGGGAGAAGAGACUCUUUUCAAAUUACAGAGUGAACUACAACUUCUAAGCCUGGCGAUCCCAAUGAUAUAUCAACCCGUGUGUGAUGCUAUAGACGGAUUGAUAAGCUGGAUUGGAAGCAGAAAGGACUCCCUAGCAAAACGUGAUCCUCAACACUAUUUCUCUAGCUGGACCGGAGACAAAGCUUUAAGGGAGCUAGAGGAAUCUAAUAUCACUCGAAAAGGCUUCCGGAACUUAUCGAACUGCUUCAUUGAGGCAAUCGAAAGAUCAAUGAAAGAAAUACCUCCUCAUUUGAGUGGGAUAUUUGUCUCCACACUACAAGAGUUGUUAGUUACACUUGGAUACUUCUUUUCAAGAGAUGGAAGUCACAGUCACACCCUCGAUUACGAACUGGGUUUACAACGCUUUAUUAAAAGAGGAGAUUCUUCUGGGAAGUGGACACAUACUUUGAGUUUGUGGUGCAUGAAUCCAUCUGUUGUUUUCAAAGCCAUAGUUGAUCUUUCUUCAUCCAUUAUUUUAACAUCUGGGACUUUGUCACCAAUGGACUCUUUCUCAUCUGAACUUGGGAUGCAGUUUGGUGCUUGUUUGGAGGCUCCACAUGUGGUUGAUGCUAAUCAGCAGGUGUGGGCUGCUGGAAUCUUCAGUGGUCCUAAUAAUCAACCUUUAAAUGCAAGUUAUAAAACGAAUGAUGAACAUCCGUUCCAGGAUGCUCUAGGGAAAUCAUUGGAAGAGAUUUGCUCUAUUGUGCCAGGUGGCUCUCUCGUCUUCUUUCCAAGCUAUAAGCUUAUGGGAAAACUCUGUACCCGUUGGCGAGAAACUGGUCAAUGGUCUCGGCUCUGCUUGGAAAAAGACAUUUUUAUUGAGCCAAGAGGAGGAGCAACGGGGGAGUUUGAGAAUGUCCUGAAGGGAUAUUAUGAUUGUAUAGGCGGAAAGAAGAGAUUUAUUGGAAGAAAUAGGAGAGCAGGGACUCGAGUUGAUUCCAAGAAAGGAGGAGCAUUUCUUGCUGUAUGUAGAGGAAAGGUUUCUGAAGGGCUUGAUUUUAGUGAUGACAACGCCAGGGCUGUGAUAAUCGUUGGCAUUCCAUUUCCAAACUUGCAUGAUGUCCUAGUCGGACUAAAGAGAAGUUAUAAUGAUACGUACAAAUCAUCUAGAAACCUUCUUGGAGGGGGUGAAUGGUAUUGCCAACAAGCGCAGAACAUGGUGUUUUCAUCUUUACAGGGAGAUGUAUCAGGCAUAGGUUUGAUUAUGGUGCCAUCCUAUUUUUGGGUAUCUAUGAACAUUUUAAUAAUAUUUGAUGAUUGUCAAUUCUCCACUCUUUUUUUAUUUCAUUUCCUUGUGUUUGAUUGUUCAGAUGAGAGAUACAGACAACAAAGGAACAGAGUGUCUAUUUCAAAGUGGCUAAGACAGUCUAUCAAACUGUAUGAUAAUUUUGAAGAAUCUAUGCAAGACUUGAAAUCAUUUUUUCCCAGAGCCAAGGAGCAUGUUGACAGUAAGAUGUUAAGCUACAAAGAAGUCAUCGACCUUGACUGUGUGGUCCAAACUGAGCCUGAAACAUCUUUUUUGAUCAAUAGUGGUAGUUCAGCAUCCAGUCCAUUUUCUUGCUCCAGUGGUUUGACUCUAGAACGAGGGGGGCCACCGAGUGUUAGUUCCCAUGCUUUGAAGAGAAGAAAGUUUAUCAGCUCUGCAGCCGUUAUUGACCUUGAAAAAGAAAACAACCAUGACAUGAUCACAAGGAGAAUUGAGUUUGGAUCUGACAGCAGCACUGAAACAAGAGCUAGAGUGCAGAUAUCUUGUUUGCUCUGUAGAAGCCCUUUAGGCCACCCAGAUAAUAACGGCUCUUCAUAUCUAAAUUGCUUGGUGACUUGGUCGUCCAAGAAGUAUGUACUGACUCUCCUGAAAGAAACAUCAAGAUCUGAAAUGCCGACAAGCGUUUCAGUUAUCGUGACAGAUUGCUCCUCGGUUGACCAGAGACUCUGCACAAAAGAUGAGGGGAUUUGGUGCGAGGAAGAUGGAUGUGUUUUCAACACUAUCUUCUGCCCUUUCUGCAGUGUCCCAAACACGACGUGUCUCGGAGUGCAAAUCGUGGCUACUGAUUCAUCAAAUGUCCAGUUUCUCAGCAAAAUAUUGUUCUUUGCUGAUCAUCUAAAUGUCAUGGGUGAUGCUGCAAUCAAGGAAACGUUGUUGGAGCACCAAGGUACUUGCUAGAGAAGUGGAAGCUGUGAGAAGAAGAGAUUACACAUUGACAAAAAGUGUAAUUUAAUUUCGAACAGAUUACACAUUGACAAAUUUCUCUUUCUUUUUCGACAAGUGGAGCAGUAUGCUCAUACGUUGAGUUUGUGAAACGCCUGCAUUUGACGACUAAAAAAAAUAAAUGAAAUAAAAACAGAGUUGUAAAAAAAUUAAUUGGGCGAGGAGAAACACCAAUAUAUAAGGUACACAGUAAAUAUGUGGGUUUAACUUGCGUUUUAUUGUGAAAUUCUCAAGAAAAUUAUAUGUGAAUAAAUCCAAAAAUAAAACACGAUAUGUUCAAAAGCUUCAAGAGCAAAGAUAACUUAUGACAGGUAAGCAAUCUGUGCGACUAUCUACGUAAGAAACGGAUUAAAACCUUCUCAUAUGAAUAUGCUGACUAUCAAGCGAAGAGAUAUGGAGGUUGUUAAAUGCAAUGGAGGUGUCAAGAGUUUCUGUGAUCGUGUUUUCUGAAAACUAUGCGAGAUUCGAAAUGGUGUUUUUAGAUAAUGUUAUAGCCAGCUUCAAUAGCAUAGAUGUAUGGUGAGAUUGUGACACUUGACCUUUACCAUGCUGACCCUUUUCCGAAGAUUAAAAAGUCUAAAGCAAAUCAUGUACCAAUCGUGAAGUAGUACAAGACUAUAUGAAGAUAAUAAAUGUUAUUUAAUCAUCAAAACCACAGUAUUUUAAAAUGGGAAUUUAGAAGAUGCAAUUGAUUGAUCAUACGAGAAAAGUAAUAACACAUUCCCGCCAAAAAUAGAUCACACACUAACAAAAUGAAUAGAAGAAAAAACCCCAAGUUGCAAAAUUACAUCAAAAAGUAUCAGAAGACAUACACAUAUAACCCAUAUACAAAAUGAACAAUAAUGAAUAAUAACCCCCCAAGACACAA